AUGUCGGAUAGUGACACUAAAACCUGCAACGUGGUAUAUAAGAACAAUUUCGUAAGGGUUUUUUCUUCAAGACAAAUUUCUCUUCACGAGACCCCCAAAAUGAAUAUUCAGAAUCUGCUUAGAUAUGUUUCUCUUGCCCUUCCCAUUUUCAUCUUCUUCUUCAUCACCCCCACCACCCAAUACCACGCCCACCAACAUCACCAACAACCCAUUUUCAAUGAUCUCACAAUCCACACCUUCAUCAACAAAACUCUCCAAUGGAAAACUCGCCUUGUCAAAUUCCAAGGCCGCCAACUCAAACUAUCAACCCCUACAAUACUAGCAGCAAUAUGUUGUUUCAUAGCUUCCUCUAUAUCAAGUGCCGGUGGCAUUGGUGGUGGAGGUUUGUUUAUUCCCAUUCUCACAAUCGUUGCUGGUUUAGACCUUAAAGUUGCUUCAUCUUUCUCAGCUUUUAUGGUCACCGGUGGGUCAAUUGCAAAUAUUAUGUACAAUUUGCGUACCAAAACUGACAAAUCAGGACGUAUGAAAAAGGGUUUGGUUGAUUAUGACAUAGCACUUUUGUCAGAGCCUUGUAUGUUAUUAGGUGUAAGUGUUGGGGCUGUUUGUAACCAUGUCUUCCCUGAAUGGUUAAUCACUAUCUUGUUUGCUGUUUUCCUUGUUUGGUCUACUUUUAAGACUUGUAGUAAUGGUGUUGGGUAUUGGAAAACAGAAACAGCUAAACAUAAUGAAAGUAGAAAUGGGUGUGAAAAAGUGGGAAAUGGGGUGACUAAAAAUGGAGAGAGUGAGAACUUAAGAGAACCAUUGAUGGGUGUAGAAGGGAACGAAAUAUCAGGGUUUCCAUGGAAGAAACUACUCAGUCAGUCACUAAAUUUUUGGAAUGCUUCAUUUUGGCCACUAUUUUUUUUUUUUUGUAAUUUUGACAUUCAAUUUUUAAAACACUUUCAUUUUAAUCACCUAACCAUUGAAUCAUUAACGAUGAUUAACUGUACAUGUCAACAUCAUGUUUACAUUUUCAUUUUGAUCACCCAACUUUGA